AUGGCUGUUAAUGAGGUUUCACCGCUGAGCAUUCUCAUAGGCGCUGCUUUGGCCGUAAUUCUUACGUGGCGCUGCAUACUCCAACCCGCCGUCUUGUCGCCGCUGGCCAAAAUCCCAAACGCGCACUGGUCAGCGCCCUUAUCACGCGUCUGGAUCCUCGGCAUCCGCUUCGUGCACAGGGAGAACAGAACACUCCAUGAUGCCCAUCGCCGGCUGGGCCCUGUCAUCCGCAUCGGGCCCAAUGAGCUAAGCAUCAAUGACAUGGACUGCGUCCGCACUGUCUACCAGGGCGGCUUCGACAAGCCGGCCUGGUACUCCGUCUUCGACAACUAUGGCGUCCCUUGCAUGUUCUCAGAACGGGCCGCAGCAGAGCAUUCAGCACGGAAGCGGCUGAUAUCGAACGUAUACUCCAAAUCUUACAUCCAGUCCAGCCCGUCGGCCGCCGCUCAGGCCCGUGCUCUUCUCUAUGAUAGGCUUCUUCCCCUGCUCGGAAUAUCGCCGGCGAACCAUUGCAUAGACAUGUAUUCGGUAUUUAUGGCAGCCACCAUGGACUUCAUCACCGCCUAUAUCUUUGGUCUUGAUAAUAGCUCUAACUUCCUAAGCAAAAGGGCAUAUGGAGACCACUUUCUCGAGUUGUACAAGGCCCGUAACGACUAUGGGUUCUUCGACAAUGAAAUGCCUCGACUUGCUCGUAUCUGUCGCAAGAUGAGCAUUCCUCUGUGCCCCAAAUGGGUAGACGCGGCCAACAAGGAGCUCGGAGACUGGUGCCAGGGGCUAUGUCAGGCAACGGCCAAGAGAUUCACUUCAGCUAAGUGGACAUCAGCAGCUUCCGUCAGCCAACCAACAGUCUGGAAUGCUCUAGUUUCUGGCCUCCAAAAGGAGUUUGAGGCUCACGGAACUACUUCGGUUCUGUAUCCAAAGGCGCUUUUGAAUACGCCCUUCUCUGUCGUCUCUGAGCUCUUUGACCAUGCCAUGGCUGGCCAGGAGACGACCGGGAUAACAUUGUCGUACUUGAGUUGGCAGCUGUCCCAGUCACUGAGCCUUCAGGCGGCGCUUCGGGCUGAGCUCGCUGGUCUUGCGCCAAAUAUGCGUUUGGAUCAAGGCGGCAAGGAAACCCUCUUGCCAGAUUACAAGCAACUUGACAGCUUGCCGCUGCUUCACGCUGUGGUCAUGGAGACACUUCGUCUUCACGCCCCUCUCCCAGGCGCGCAGCCUCGCCAAACGCCGCAAGCAGGUUGCCAGAUUGGGAAAUACAAAGUUCCGGGGACGGUUCGGAUAGCGGCGAUGCCAUAUACGUUGCACCGCGACGAAAAUAUAUUCCCUGAACCGGAGAGGUGGGUCUACACCCGGUGGCUUCCAUCGGCUGAUGACAGCGAGGAGGAAAGAAAAAAGCUUCAGAGACGACAGUUUUGGGCCUUCAGUUCCGGGGGCAGGAUGUGCAUCGGAUCCAAUUUCGCAAUGCAUGAAAUGAAACUUAUCAUCGCGGCCAUCUACUCAAACUACACCAGCCAUAUUGUCGAUGACGCCGGCAUGACCUGUCAGUCCGACGGCUUUGGCCUUCGAUUGGCCGAGGCUCAGUGCGUUUAA